AUGAACGGCUGUACUAUAUCCUCAGGGAUUCGCAUAUUCUCCACUGCUGGGAAAUCCGGAAAAGACAAAGUUCAGAUGGGUUUACCAUGCGGAUCUCCGUCUUACUUUUCUUCCAAACGCAAUUCUCAACAUGCUCCUGCCAAAGGGGUGCAAGGAAUACGUGAUGUACGUCAAAAAACGUGUGGCGGAUUUGAAGAAACUAUCGCGAACGUGAACUGCACCGAUUCCUCAUCAUACGAGUAUUACAAGUUUCAGCUGAGUCUUUGUGGACUUCGAUGCCAAUUCACAGUGGAAUCCAUGUUGUGUUCAACGAAUGGUGAUCUGCAGCCCUCAAUGAAGCUGCAGAUCCGACGAACCGUCUAAAUAAACUGAAACACUCCAAUUUGCCAUGGCUUACUGACCAUUUUCUGGUGAAACUGCAAAACAAGAACCAGGGCUCGAUCUCAUACUUUCAUCGCACAUGUGGUUAAUUUGUCGCAAAAAAUCACACUGCAGUAGAAAUCGCAUCUGCCACGCAAACAUGUGUUUUUUGUCUAAUGCCAUACAUAUCAGUUAUGUUUUGCCUAUAUUCCUUCCAAAAGUGCGAAUAUUGUGGGAAAAUUUCAAGAGCUGAACUCAGGCAGAGGCUCUAUGAUGGAAGCUAGUCCAGACGUGAGAUAAUUUCAGGAAGAGAAGCAGCAGGGUGGCCAAAAUCACAAGAGAUUUUGUAUUGUUCAGCGCGUGGAUCAAUAAAUUAAUGGGUGAUAAUGAUGACGGAC